CUUUCUCUUUCUCAAGCUACAAAAUCAGGAACUGGCUUCCUCAACCACGGCCUGUACAUUUUUCGAGGAUAGAAAUUCGAAGCAAUUGCCGAAAAUGCCCCACCCUUCCAACCUCUAUCUCUUCGCUUACAACUCUCUUCAAGCUUUCGGAUGGAUGCUUUCUCUCUCUAGAAUUCUAAGCAGUUUCAUCUCCACCAACUCAAUCAACGGUGCAUACGCCUCUGCUGGAGACAUCAUCUGUUUGCUGCAAACAGCGUCGUUUCUGGAAGUUAUCCACUCUGCCAUUGGUAUUGUUCCAAGUGGGGUGCUGCUAUCUCUGAUGCAAUGGGGAGGACGGACACAUUUCUUGCUUGCGAUCGUUCGCAAGAUUGUUGAGGUUCAAGAGCUCCCUUCAGUCUUCAUAACUUUCGUUGCAUGGAGUAUAAGUGAGGUGAUCAGGUAUUCCCAGUAUGCUUUGAAUUGCAUUGGGAUGUGUCCGUCUUGGCUGACCUACCUCAGGUACACUGCAUUUAUUCCAUUGUAUCCUAUAGGGGUAGCUCCCGGAGAAAUGUGGCUCAUGUAUCAAGCACUUCCAUUGAUAAAGGAGAAAAAGCUCUAUGCAAACGUCUUUGACCGGCUUCCUUUCAGCUAUUAUUCAUUUGUCAAGGUUCUGCUUGUAUGCUACCCAUUUCUGUGGUUAAAGCUGUACGUGCAUUUAUUUAAGCAGCGACGUUCGAAACUGGGCAAACGCCAUCAGAAGAAACAUUGAGGCCAUGUUUGGAUGUACAAGUGAAUUGGAUUGCAAAUGCUUAGAAGUGAUGAAAAGGUAUUCUUCAAAUUGCAGUUGUGUUUCUUUGGAAUCCAACUUGAAAGUAACAUAACCGCAAUUUGUACCCACACCCUGAAUAUGAAUACUCAAGGAAACCACAAAUCUGUUAUUUACACAUUUAUAAUUGUAAUUUCAAUCCGAUUUGAUAGUGCAUCCAAACAGGCCCUCAAAGUGUAUGGUCACAUUUAUUUAUUUUUAAUUCUUAGAUUGUUAAAACAAAAUUUUUAUAUUUAUUGCUUGUAUAAAUUUGUUGAUUUGCAACAAAAAACAAAAACUGUAUUUGGGAGGGCA